UGAAGCCCGGAUCUUGAGGCUUCUCUGUGUUGUUGUUUUUUUGCAGCUUGAAAAAUCAUAAUGGAGAGAUGAAUGAAAACACUUUAUGAAACAUGGCUUUACACACGCUGCACAAAUACAUCUGCCUCUUUGGACUCAUUGUACAGAAUGUUUGGACCUCAGACCAGGUGACGCUGCUGAAUCCUCCGGAGGAGCCCGUGCCGGAUCAUCUUCUGGACAUACUCUACUCCUGUGAUGGACCUGCCACGGUGCAGCUGGACUGCGUUGUGUCUUUCGAAACCGACACCACUUCAACGAUCCUACUGAGACGGUGGAGCUGCGUGCCCGGUCACCGGAAAGUGAAGACUGUGGCGCUGAACUUUCCUGACUGGUUGGUGUAUCGAGCCGAUGGGAUCGUUCCAGACUCCCAGCGGGUGCUGAGUUGCGUGCUUCUGGCCUCGGUCAGAUACGGUGGGCUCGAUGACACCGAGGAGUCUCUGGCCGCUCAGGAUGCGGCAACUUUGCAGCCUAAAGAUUUUUUUGGUCGACCUGUCAAACGGCAUCGACUGUGCGUUCCUUGGAGUACAGAGAUGCUGCAAACCACCAAAGCUCUUUCAAAGAAGCAAUGUCCCAUGGAGCGAGAAACGGUGCACCUCCUGUCUUCCGUGUUUGGCUCGACUGGGGAAACCUUUGGCAUCACGAAGACACUGGAACCUUACGGCUCUGAGUUUCUCGAGCAUCUGCGCGUCGAAGCCAUCUUCUCUCCGUGGUGUAUGUUCUCCGUGUGGAUAUUUGUCACCAGACACUGUCAGGAGGACCUGUGUGGUUUGCUCUACCACGUGGACUCCCACAAUAACUAUGUCACACCAACACUGUUCCUCCAAAAAUCAGGCAAGCUCCACAUCCAGAUGGAUGGAGAGUCUCAUGGAUCCUCUGCCUUCGCUCCUACGUUCAAGGUGCCUUUGCGUGAGUGGUGCCAAAUCGGCGUGGUGCUGCGCGGCACGAUGGUGACCGUCUCCGUGGUGUGCCUGAAUAAGGAGCAGAGGACGGCUUAUUCAGUAGUACACAUGUUGUCGCACACCGCCGUGCUGGACGACACAGAGGGAUAUUUUGGGAUUGGCGGAGGGAAAUACAUAAGAGGUGUGGCGGGUUAUUUUGGCCCGGUGAUCUACCACCGCAACCGUGUACCACCUCACAGCGUGGCUGAAGUUGCUGUUCCAGAUGUUAUCAGGACUUUGAACCUUACAGGCUGGUUGGAUGCCUGUGAAGAAUUCCUCCUGGAGAUGGAUGUUAAAAUCAGUGGCUAUUUUCUCAAGGCCCAACAGGAGACAGAGUCCGAGACGUGUUUUGAUGGUCUCCAUGAGCGGAUGGUGAAGUACAGACAGCCAUCACAGUCACAGUGUGAGCUGUGGGAGGCAACUGUCCCUCGUAGAAGACAAGCUGCAAAAUUAGCCAAGUUUUUGGUUUUCAAACAUGGAAAAAGACGAGCUAGCCUGCCCGCGGUGGGCAGAGCCCUGUACUCCUUAUCGCUCCGUAAGCUGAGCAGAGCCAGCAACGCUCGAGCGGUGCGCCGAAUCCUGCCGCUGCUGCUCCAAGCUGGCUGCUUAGCUGAUAACCAAGCUCUGCACAUGUCCUCAGUGCUCUACAGUGCUGGCCUGGGAGUCCAGGAGCAGCCCAAUAAGGCCUGGCUCCUGGCCCUGCUGGCAGCCCAGAAAGAUGAGCGAUUAGCACUCCUGCGUCUCGGGCACCUGCACCGGCUGGGUGUCGAUGGCCUCCCCGCAGACCCGGACCUUGCCUAUGCCUACUAUGCCAACAUCGCUCAACAGACAACUCUGGACCGCAACGAUCCCACACCGGAGCAGACUUUUGUGGAGGCGGUUUACCUAAACAACGACAAGGUGUUGACUCUCCAGACUAAUGAAGACCACCAUCUCUUCCAAUGGCUGAAACUGGAAGCACGCAGGGGAGCCGCUGAAGCCGAGCAAGCUGUGGCCCGCAUGCUGUUCUGGGGUCAGCAGGGAGUGUCUCCAGACAUCCAGAAGGCUGUGAGACACUACGAAAGGGGAGCGGUCCAGUGGAAGGACCCAGCGUCCAUGUACGACUAUGGCAUAGUCCUACUGCAGGGGCAUGGGGUUGAAAAGGACAUUCCAAAAGCUCUCACCUUUCUGAAGAAAGCCAUGGACCAGGGCUUUGUUCCUGCAAUGAACGCCCUGGCCUGGUACUAUGAGCAAUUUGAACAGGACUACGUGCAGGCGGUGCAGCUGUGGCGGCAGGCGGAUCUCCUGCAGUCGCCAGAAGCCGCUUUCAAUCUCGGUGUCAUGUACUCUGGGGGCUUGUAUCCGGGAAAGGCUGCUGACCAGUGCAUGGCCUAUCGGUACUACCUGAAGUCUGCGGAGAGAGGCCACAUCAGGGGAGCUAUUCAUCUCGCCGCCAUCUGGACCACGGGGCUACCUGGAUGCGUCAACAGACGUCCAUCGGACGCACUUUUGUGGUUACAGUGGGCAGCGGAGCACAACGGAUACCUGGGCAGCGUCUUGCGGAAGGCUUUGGAUUCAUAUCUCAAGAGUGACAUGUUCAGCUCGCUGUUAUAUUACAUGGUGGCUGCUGAGUCGGGUUACUCACCCGCGCAAUUCAAUGCAGCAUAUCUAUGUGAACAAAAUACGUUACAUUUUCUGGAUCCUUCUUUUGCAUCAAACUGUAUGUGGAGAUAUUACAACCUUACACUCCAAAGUCCAAAUCCAGACACUUAUGCCUUGAUUAGAAUGGGUGACCUGUUGUAUGAAGGGCGAAGUGACGGGCAGAAGGAGUUGUCUUCUGCAGCGUCGAUGUACACUCGGGCAGCAGUGAGGAACGAGCCACAGGGAUGGUACAACCUUGGCCUCCUUGCCGAGGAGGGUUACAGGCUGCCGCUGUCGAUAUUGAUUGACCUCGGCCUUUCAGAGCUGUACCUGGCAGACAACAGUUUGCUCCUAAGCACUUUGUACAAAAGAUGCAGAGACUCAGAGGAUACAGAUUCCUACUUGCCUUGCAGCCUCGCCCUCUUCAAUGUGUAUCUUCAAUCGUUCAAAAAGGAUUACGGUGCUGCUAUUAAGUUCUCCACUGCUGUCGCUGUGGUUGCAGGCCCGACAAUAGUCUUGAUCAUCAUCGGUGUGCUUAGGAGACACUUUCUUUCUCACAACUGAAAGAUUCGUAAUAGGUCAAUGCAACAAAUUCAGGGGCAACACAAAGUAAUCUUGUACAGCAACAAUAUUGAAACAUGUUUUGUUCGUUUAUAUUUGUUAACCAUGAGCUCAAAUAAAGAAUACAUGUGAAUGUCUAAUGUUUAACACACAUGGAUUUUUGAUAAAAGACUCCUUGGUUGAGAAAUAAAGUCUUAGAGUACCACCUCUA